GCCGGCGCGAGGGAGGAGGGGAGGAAGAUGAGUCCGACGCCCUACCUCUCCCACUGACAGCUAUCCCCAAAGCCUCUUCACGCCCCGAUCACUGUGAACACGCCGAUUGGAUGUCUCUACACUUUAAGUGGCCUUAGUAUUGAGCGCCGCGCCCCGACGAGGCGGGGGCGGGGCCUGCGUCGUGACGUCAUCUGGCAGCGUCCGAAGACGCGCGGGCUGCGUGGAGAUGCUGGAAUCGUUGUUGGCCUUCGGUGGCCUGGUGCUGCUUCGAGAUUCCGUGGAGUGGGAGGGGCGCGGCCUCCUGAAAGCUCUUGUCAAGAAAUCUGCGCUCAGUGGGGAGCAAGUCCAUGUCCUGGGCUGUGAAGUGAGCGAGGAAGAAUUUCGAGAAGGUUUUGAGUCCGUGGUCAACAGCCGGCUCAUUUACCAUGACCUCUUUAAAGACCCUCUCAAUUGGUCAAAAACUGGGAAGGCCUAUCCUGAGGGACCGUUGGGAGCCUUAAGAGCUAUGUGCAGGACAGAUUCUGGUUGUGUCACUAUUGCUGUUGAUUCACUCAGCUGGUUGUUGCUUCACCUUCCCUGCACCGAACUCUGCCAGACUCUGCAUGUUCUGAGCUCUGGAAACUCCUGCUCUGGUGUUAGGCCCCCAUUGCGUGUGCUGGGCCUGCUGCAUGAAGAGCUUCAUGGGCCAGGCCCCUUGGGAGCACUAAGCAGCCUUGCUCAAACAGAGAUGACCAUAGAUGGUAAAAUGGGCCAGGCUUCAGUCUACAUCCUCUAUCGAAGACCCCAACAGCGCCCUGUCUACCAGUCUCAGCGGUUCUCCAUCCUUCCUGACUUCAGCCUGGAUCUACAAGAGGGGCCUGUAGGGUCCCAGCAGCAGCCGAGUGCCCACAUACCUCUGGUGGAUCCCACAACUCACUUGACUUUUAACCUUCACCUGUCCAAGAAAGAAAGAGAAGCCAAAAAUAACCUGACUCUGCCUUUCCAAUUCAGCUCUGAAAAGCAGCAGGCCUUGCUUCGAUCUGGACCAGGUCAGUCUGCCAGCCGUAUCUUCUAUGAGCCAGAUGUUUAUGAUGAUCUGGACCAAGAAGACCCAGAUGAUGACCUCGAUAUUUGACUGGCCAGAUUUGACUAGACUUAAUAAGAAGAAAAACUGGACUUAAAAGCGCCCUGUAUUUGAAUUGAUCUUACCCUGUCCCUGCCUCACAUUUUUUGUGUAGGCCCUGCCAUGGGCUGAGUGGCAGCAUGUGAUCAGGGAAGCCUACUGUAAGGCAAGCGGAGAACCUUCCAUCGAAAUAAA